CUGCUACAUUUCUUCAUUCUUGUCGACAUUUAUCUAACUAAACUUGAAUUAAUUAGUCGUUACUCGUUACUGACAGGUUUUUAAUUUUUUAUAAAAUCUUUCAUUUAUUUUUAGUUAACAUGGCCAAUACAAGUAUAAACAACGAAAAUGAUAAUUUAACUUCAGUACUCUAUGGUAUUAGAGAUUUACGACUUGAACAACGGCCGAUACCAAAACCCGGUCCUAAUGAAGUUCUAUUGAAGAUUCAACGUGUAGGAAUAUGUGGUUCGGAUGUUCAUUAUUUAGUUCACGGAGCGAUAGGUCACUAUAUUGUUAAAGAGCCGAUGGUUAUUGGUCAUGAAGCCAGUGGAAUUGUAGCGAAGCUUGGAGAAGGUGUAACAAAUCUCAAAGUUGGCGAUAGAGUGGCAAUUGAACCAGGUGUAUCAUGUCGUAUGUGCAUGUCUUGCAAAGUUGGUUCAUACAAUUUAUGUCCCGAUAUGAAAUUCUGUGCUACACCACCUAUAGAUGGAAAUUUGAGUCGUUAUUAUGUCCAUGCUGCUGAUUUUUGUUAUAAAUUACCAGAUCAUAUAUCCUUAGAAGAAGGUGCUCUAUUAGAACCACUUUCUGUUGGAGUCCAUGCUUGCAAAAGAGGGGGUGUUAAAGUUGGUUCUACGGUAUUAAUUUUAGGAGCUGGACCAAUUGGUUUGGUUACAUUGGUUACUGCAAAAGCUAUGGGGGCUACAAAAAUUUACAUAACAGAUCUAACAGAAUUUAGAUUAAAUAUGGCUAUAGAAAUGGGAGCUCACAAAGCAAUUAGAGUAAACAGAGGAGAUUCAGACGAACAAGCAAUAGAAAAUGUAAGAAAUGAGAUGGAUGGCGAACUUCCAGAUGUUACUAUCGACUGCAGUGGUUUUGAACAAACCAUUAAAAUGGGAAUGGAGCUAACAAAAUCUGGAGGAGUUUUAACAAUUGUUGGAAUGGGAGCAGCAGGCAAUGUCAAAUUGCCAUUAUUCAGUGCACUAUCUCGAGAAGUAGACAUCAGAGGAGUUUUCCGCUAUGCUAAUGACUACCAAGAUGCAUUGGCUUUAGUAGCCUCAGGACAAAUAAACAUGAAGCCAUUAAUCACUCAUAAUUUUAAAAUUGAAGAAUCAUUGGAAGCUUUUAAAACGGCUGAAACUGGGGUUGGUAAUGCAAUUAAAGUUAUGAUACACUGUAAUUAGGACAUUUACGAUUAACUAAUAAUUGUUUAAUAUUAAACUUUUAUUACUUUGUAGUUAAAAAAAUAUAUAGAAAAGUACUUAUAUA